ACCACUACUAACACCACCACCUCCUACUUCCUCAACCAGUGCAGUCUGCCCGCCUCAGAUCAGAUCACUCGGCCUAUCAAUCGAAAUCCUCGUCGCCUACUACCGCUAUUCUCUGCCUGUGAGCACUCUCCAAUAAAACAGCCCUAUCCUAGUCGCCCUCCCCCAAACAUGACGAUCGGCCCGUGACACCCCUCUUUGCAACAUGCCCACUCGGCUUCGCAAUGCCGCCGCCGCAGAGGCUGCGCAGACUCCCCAUCGAUACGAUAUACCGGGCCUUCAGUUCGACGACUCUCUGACAUGGCGCGCCGGCAAACCGAUUGCCGUGGGAGACCUUCUUACGCGACUCCAGAAACUCGCCGGUCAGCUGCGAAAUUACGAUCUUGACCAGGUCGACUCGCGUGCCUUUACCACUCUUGCGCAGGACCUGGCAAACCCAAAUCUUCUCGGUCACAAGGACAAAGGUGUGAGAGCCUGGACUGUCUCCUGUGUUGUGGAUGUUCUCAAGAUCUGCGCCCCGGAUGCGCCGUUCGUCGAGGCGCAGUUAAAGGACAUUUUCACGGUUAUUAUCAAUUCUAUUCUACCUGCGCUUGCGGAUCCAACCAAUGCGUACAAUGCGCAACAUGUCUACAUCCUCAUCUCCCUGGCCGAGUCGCAAAGCAUCUUGCUGGUGACUGACAUUCCUAACCACGAAAACUUAAUCACGUCGCUCUUCACCACGGCAUUUGAUAUUGUCGCCAGCUCUGGAAAUAAUGCUUCGGGCGUGGAGGUUUCAAAGAGCGUGGAAUACCACCUGAAGAAUCUUCUGGCUGCAGUCGUCGACGAGGUAACUCUCCCUCAGGACGUCACGGACAUUAUCAUUUCCCAGUUCAUGCGCGUGGACGCCCGAAAUGUCCAGGACCAUGGAGCCAAAGGCAAGAAACGGGAUCCUCAGGACACCAAGCAAGGGACGUUGCUCCUCAAAGACUACCCUCCAGCCUACAACAUGGCCAAGUCGCUCUGCACUACCUGUCCUGAGAAAAUGACUGCCCAGAUCACCCAGUAUUUCGGGACUGUGAUUGUUGAUGCCGCUAGUGCCAAUGGCGUUCCUCUGCCUUCUCACGGACGUACUGCUUCAGAUGCCGACGGCGACGAUGAAGAGAGAGAAGGCCUGGCUGAUUUGCGAAAAGCCCAUCGUUUACUUCGAGAGCUGUGGCGCGCGUGCCCAGAUGUCCUCCUGAAUGUCAUCCCUCAUAUUGAGGCAGAAUUCUCCGCGGAUUCCGCCUCCCUCCGUCGAAUGGCAACCGAAACCGUUGGAGACAUUACAGCUGGGAUUGGCAUUGCUGGACUUCCUCCGUCCGUACCCCUCGAUCCCGCUGCUUAUCCCUUACCCUCCGUCGAUUCUCCAGGAGAGCUCAUAUCGCAAACGACAAAUCCCCUGUUGACCCCGGCCUCUCCCAAACCAUUCAUGGCGGUCCACGCCUCGGCGUAUCAGUCCUUCCUCGGCCGUCGGAAUGAUAAGUCAUAUGCUGUUCGCGAAGCAUGGGCUAAUGCAGCUGCUCGAAUCUUGCGCACCUCGGCUGGAGGUAUCGGAUUGGAUCCUCAAGAGCUUGGGGGUUUGCUUGCCGGCUUCGCUCAGAUGCUUCGCGAUCCGGAAGAGCAUGUUCGCUUAGUGGCUAUUCGCUCCAUUGAUGCCUUCCCCUAUGGGAGUAUGAUCAAUAUUCUGGGUGCAGAUGGCGGCUUAGCGAAGCAGCAGACCGUGUUUUCUUCGUUGGCUGAACGUGUUAUUGAUCGAAAGCAUCACGUCAGAGAGGCAGCGAUUGAAUUGCUCGGUCGGAUCUGGGGUGUCGCCUCCAGCGAUAUCGAGUCGGGCAAUGAAGUCGUCAAAAGCAGCAUUGGAGACAUCCCCAACCGUAUAUUUGGCGCUUACUUCACCAACGAACCGCACGUCCACGCUGUGAUUGACAGAGUUCUGUAUGAAAGUUUGUUGCCGCUCUCCUUUCCACCGUCAAAAGUCACAGGGUCCCGCACAGAGGGUCAAAAACAGCGAGGCCGAGACAAAGAGGGUGGUCCUCAAGAAGAAUCAGUGUUCGAUCCUGAUGCGGUCAGGGCCCGUCGCAUCCUGACACUCGUCCACAGCUUGGACACCAGACCGCGCGCGGUUUUUUUCAGCCUUCAAAACCGACAGGUGCAAAUGAGCAAAGGUAUGAGGGUUUUCCUGGAGGCCUGUGAGGAAUACAAUGGAGGCGUUCUGGAAGACGACUCGUUAGAGGCAACACUUGAGGCCCGUCUCACCCGCAUGAUCGAGCAGCUCUCAAAAAGCUUCCCCGAACCCUCCGAGGUUUCCAAUGACCUGUGGAAGUUUGCAAAGCAACACAACCGUCGUUGGUAUCAGUUGAUACGAUUUGCCACUGGUGCUGAGCAUGAUUAUCGCACAGUUACCAAGGCCAUCAAAGAGCUCGCCAAACGCAUACGCGAAAGUUCGGGGAGCGUGCAAUCACUCAUUGAUACGAUUCAACAGCUUUUAUACCGGUGUGCACUGCUCGCCUAUAAUCGGAGUCAUGUCCCAACGAUCAUGGCUAUAACGCGAACCGACGAGGGUGGCUUGGGCGAGGUGGCUCACGAGGUCUUAAAGGAAAUCUCUGCUCGAAACCCAGAAGUUCUCAAAUACCACAUCCAGGCGUUGUGCAAAGAGCUUGAGGAGGAGGCACCAUCAGGUGCAAAAUCCGAGCAAGAUGGUGCCCCUGACACUCUCAAGGCAUGUGCGGCAUUCGCUCGAAAAUAUCCCUCAGAGAUGCCCAAGGACCGCAAGUUCCUGACUGCGUUAGCACAAUUUGCGUUGUUCUCGAAAUCCCCACGGGCAGCGAAACACGCCGUGUCCAUCAUCAUGAUGGCGGCUGACAAGAAGGAAAUGUAUGCAAAAGACCUGCUGUCAAAGGCGCUGGCAGGUGUUGAGUCCAACGAUCCUCAUUUCCUCGCCCGCCUCGCCACGGUAGCGCAGGUCUGUCUCCUCGCACCCGCCGCGGCAAAUGUCGACUCGGAUGCCAUUCAGAAGCUUGCCCUCUCGGAUAUCUUACUUAAAAACCAGUCGCCUAGCACGAAGAAUGACCCGAGUGCUUGGGAUGAGAGAGCAGAUGACGAGACUAGGGCCAAAGAAUUGGCGCUCAGGAUUCUCGUCAAUCGUUGCCGUGCCCAGGACGAAUCCAUGGAUACCGACGAGUCUGCGGCACUGGCCAAGCAGAUAGCCAGGCAUCUUAUCGCUUUGAUCAAGAAUGAAGGAGAAAUAACGCCUUCGAAAGAUACGCCCCCUGCACAGAAGAACAGGCUCAGGCUCACGGCUGCGCAUCUAAUAUUGAAGCUCUGCAGCCACAAGAGAAAGUUCGAAGACUUGAUUGACCCUCAGGCAUUCAUUUCGAUCGUGAUGAUUAUAAUUCAUCCGCCCAAUCCGGUGCGUGCUGGGUUUGUCAACUCACUGAAGAAGUACCUAGGCCUCAACCACUUGGCUCAUAGGUGGUUCACGGCCCUCUUCCUCCUAGCGUUUGAGCCAGACAUGGAAUUGCGGACAUCGACCGUUACGUGGAUUCGAGCGCGUGUACAAUUCUUCGCUCGGCAGCAGCUUCAAGUAAGUUCGUCGGACAAGAAAAUGCAUCAAAAUGUUAUGGAGUCGACGUUUGCACGUCUGCUCAGUUUACUGGUUCAUCAUCCAGAUUUUCCGACACAGGACAGCGACGACUUUGAUGGAGAUUUGCUGGAUUUUGCCAAAUAUAUCGUUUUCUAUCUUUGGACUGUUGCCACGGAGGACAACCUCUCGUUGAUAUUCCACAUUGCACAGCGUGUAAAGGGUGCCAGAGACGCUGUCGUUGGUACGGAUGAUGCAAGUGAGCGAUUGUAUAUUCUUAGCGAUCUGUCUCAAGCGGUCAUUCGGAAUUACGCAGACAUUAUGCCAGCGCAUGCAAAGGGGGCCAACCUGCUACAGACUUGGCCCGGCAAAGUCAGCCUUCCCCGGAAUUUGUUCAAAGCACUUCCCAGUCACGAAGCGGCGCAGGAAAUCGCCGAGAGGAAUUAUCUGCCAGAGGAUGUUGCUGUUGGACUGGAGAAGAUGAUUCGGACCUACAUCAAGGAGUUGAAGAACGCCAGCCAACCAGCUAAACGGGCAGCCGUUGCCGAGAGGAAGCGCAAGAGCGACGCCGCGAGGCUCGACGAGGGAGCAGAUGAUGGAGAAGGGCGAAAGAAAGCGGUAAAGAAACCGAAGAAGAGCACUCUUGCCAUUCGCAAGACACCCAAACCGAGGCGCAAGAGUUCCGAGCCCGGUAGCAGUCCAGCCUUGCCAUCACGAAAGAGCAAUCGGGCUUCCAACGUGGUGUCGUAUGCAGAAUCGGAUACAGAGGAAGGCGAUGUCGAAAUGGAAGACACGCCAUCCAACACAAAUAACCCAACGGCUCGCAGAAAGAGCAAGACGAAGAAGCAAGAAGUCGACGAAGACCAGGAGCUGGAGGAGGACGAUAAAGUCGACGAAACCGAUGCCGAUGAGGGGAAAGACCGAGCCGACGAGGAGCGAGACGACAGCGUUGAAAUGGAUGACGAGGAGACGAGUCCCGACGAUGAAGUCCACGUCCACGAGGAUGAGGAUGCUGCCGCCGUCCGCGACGACGAGGAUGAAGCGGCAGAAAAGGAGGGCACAUCCCCACCACUCAAGGAAAAGAAGAACACCGCUGCGGGAAAGGAGCGGCAAGGCAAGACAACUGCGCCUAAGAAAAGCACGAAGCCCAAGCAACAGACAGAGCGGGUCGUACGGACGACCCGGCAGACGAGGAGUACGAAGACGUGAGUUACGGGAAUGAGCUGAUGGUAUCUCAUCAACGGGUAGAUGUUUUGUUCGUGCAUCCUGCAGCAUUUCCUAUGGGAUGGCAUGUGUGCAUUGAGCAUGGAAGAUGGACUGAGCAUACUACGAUUACAGACGAACCCGGAUGAGUGUAUUAGUGCUAUGAAAAGGUCUACAAGUACAAGUAAUCUAGCAAAUGAUGAUACCAGCGACAGCGGGAUAGGCAGCGAGGUGUCCCAGGUCUGUCAUGAGCA